UUUCAGGGAGCGGACGAGGAGGAAUCCAACUCGUGAAGUCUGCGUGCUGAGCUCAACGGCACUGACAUGAAAAUCCGAAAAGAACGCAGAAGCCACAAAAGAAAUGUAAAAGGCAGAAGGCUCUGGAUAUACAUAAACGCUACCAAACGUUUAAAACUCGAACAGUUCACACGCCGGAUGUAAUUUUCUUUUUGGCACGAGAUAAGUAGACUGUAACAGAUUGAACUUUUGGUGGAAGUAAUGAAGAAGAAGCAGUGCUGCCAUCACCUUCAAGUCGACAAAUAUGAUCGGUAAUCAUGGGUAUGUGACUGUGAGUGUUUGAGAGCCGCUAAACUGGUCGUUUGCAUGCCGCCUUUGUUGUUUCGCCUCAAGUCCUUAACUACGUAAGAGAGAAGUCCUCAGAGAAGUGGAAGGAAUGUGGGUGUUCUCCAGGAAUUUCAAGUGAGCAUAGAAAAGCUGCACAUUUCAGACAUCCUUUUCAUUUCUGAGCAGACGUUUUGUUACACUGUUCCGAGGGGGGAUCCGUAUGCUGCUUUUCAGUCACCUUCAUUUGUCAUUUCAAACCCCUGCAAAAAUGCUGGCAGUGAAGAGGAAACAUGCCCACCGCCUCUUGACUCUAUGUGUGCUGCUCCUUCUUUCCUGCUUUGGCCAAGUCUCAUCUCUGGACUGUCCUGAUAAAUGUGUUUGCGCAUCAGCAACGGUAAAAUGCCUCUAUCAGAACUUAAUGUCCAUUCCACAGCCUCUGCCAGCAAACAUAACGACACUUUUUCUCACUGGAAACAGCAUUUCCCAUCUAAAUGAGAGCUCCUUCCCUGUUCGUCUGGAGCAGCUGACAGACCUUUAUCUGUCUGGAAACCAAAUAGAGCAAGUGGACCCUGGGGUGUUUAACAACUUGCCAAAUCUCCAUUCACUUGACCUGAGCAAUAACAGGAUCCUCAGUUUUAGUCCUGAUGCCAUCCCUGAGAACAAUAAGCUGCGGGUCUUAAACCUAAGCCAGUCUUUGUACAAUGUCUCGUACACAGACAUGUCCAACCUUUUAAAGCACAGUUUUCCUAAACUUUCCCAUCUCAACUUGUCCAAUAAUGAUCUGAAAUUGCUUCCCGAUGGAAUUUUUAGCUUAUCUGACCUCACCUCUUUGGACAUGAGGAACAACUCAGUAGUCUCGAUUAACAACGUCACUUUCAAAAGUCAAGUGUUUAACCAUUUGGACCUGCGGGACAAUGCGCUGAAAGAUAUACCAAAUGGGACUUUAGCAGACUUCAGUCAGAUACCUGGGCUUCAGAUGUACCUGACUGAAAACCCAUGGUAUUGUGACUGCAAAAUGAAGGACAUGGUGAUAUGGUUACAGAAAUUUGACUUUGUUGUGGACAAAGCGAACAUGACCUGCUUUGAGCCUACAGAAUUAAGAAACGCCCCACUCUUACAGGUUGACCAGACAAUGCUGCAGUGCAACUAUUCUGGAAACAUGAAAGGUGUCAUGGAGACGUCAUAUGUCUUUCUGGGUAUGGUGUUGGCCCUCAUCGGGGUUAUAUUUCUGCUAGUCCUUUACCUCAACAGAAAGGGCAUCAAGAGAUGGAUGUACAAUAUCCGUGACGCAUGCAGGGACCACAUGGAGGGCUACCAUUACAGGUACGAGAUCAACUCGGAUCCGCGUCUGGCCAACCUAAGCCUCAACUCGGAUGUGUAAGGAAGUGGGGGGAAGUGUUUCACACAGUUGUUGCACAGUGACUCAGCUCUAGAUUUGCGUAGUUUCCUCAAGCUUAUGCCCUGAUAUGCGGUGUGCCGUGCCAGAUAGGACAUUAAUUGGCCUCUGCUGGGGUGGACAAGUCAUGCACGCCCCCCUGCUAUUUUAUGUCUGCUGAUGUGUUGUGUCAAGUGUAAAUAUUGUGCAAUGCUGCAUGAAUUAAGAACUCAUUAUAGAGCUUCAUAAGUUCUUCUCCAUAAAGUAUUUUGGAACAAUGCGGCGUGUGAUGCAAGGAUCUCUCUAAUUCUAAUGUCUGCAAGAUAUGCACACUUUUCGUUUGCGAAAUGACUGAAAUGAACAUUUAUACGUCUUAACAUAUGCUUGUUAAUGCUUCCCUUUUUCCCCUCCUUAAAACUUGGAUGAUGUGGUACCAUGCUUGCAUGUGUUUCUGUACUUUUUCCAGUGGUUGUAAUAUCAUAAUAUCCACAUUUGACUAUCAGAGUUGUCCGUUUUUAUAUUCACAUUUGUUCAAUGGACAUGGAUUGACUUUUCUUAUGAAUAUGUUCUGCUGAAUAAAAAGGUCUUGCAUUGA